AUGUUCUCUAACAACUCCCGUUCAAACCUCUCCUCCAAACAAGCAACUCAAUUCCAAGAUGAAAUGGAUUUAGAAAACAAUACAACAUCACCUAAAUCUCCAACAUUAUUCAAUCAAUUACGUCAACGUGGUGGGACUGGUGAUGAACCUGGUGUUGACGUGAGGAGUAAAAGGGAUGAAGAAGCUUAUGGACAUUUAAAAGGACCUACUAGGGUUACUGUUGUUGAUUAUUCUUCUGAUCCGGAUGAGGGGACGGAUGUGAGGGUUGGUUUUCCUGGAGGAAAGUUGGAUGAAUGGUUGAAUUUGAAUGGUGUGAAGAUGGGUGAAGGAAGUACUCAAAAAGGAGUUAGGUGGAUUCAUAUUGACGGUAUAAAUUGGGAAGUCGUCAAAACACUUACACUUCGUUUCAAUCUUCACCCACUGGCCGUCGAAGACGCGUUACGAGCUACCAACUCCCCUCGAUCUAAAUUAGAUUUCUACAAAUCCCACAUGUACAUGCAACUUCUCAUUCAACACACUCACCUCUCCGACGAAAAUACUAUAGCCGCCGAGUCGGAAACGAUGAAAGACGGACAUUUAUCCAAAAUGUUACAUGAUUCUUCCGCGGGGAAAAAGGGAUGGUUUGGAGCUGUCACAGGAUCACAAUUGCAAUUGCCAGAAGGUGUGGAAGGUGUUUUCGAACCUGUUGUAGCGGGUACUAGGUUACAAGAGGAACAGUCGCCCUAUCAGAAAGCCGCGCAUAGACUCACGGUGGAUCAUCUGAGUGCCAAGUAUAUGGUCCCCGUCAGAAGAGGCGUAUUGAGUGUGUUCAUGACUCGAGACAACACGCUCAUCUCCAUGUGUCGUCGACCUAUUCAUGAGGCUUUAGAACCUAUUUAUCGCAGAUUAGAGGAUGAUCAAAGUCUUUUGCGUCGGUCAGGGGAUGUCAGUAUGUUAGCUCAAGCCUUGUUAGAUGUUUCUGCCGAUUUAGCCAUUGAAAUUUCUCAAACUUUCGAAUCUGAAAUUCUCAAACUCGAAGCCUCCGUCUUAGUCGACCCUCAAAUGGAAACCGUCAGACAUUUACAUAUUCUCUCUUCUCAACUAAUCCGUCUUCGUCGUUCCAUAUCUCCUCUGUUACACGUAUGUUACAUCAUCCGAGAUCAAGAUGUUCAAAGAGCCGCAGCCGCAGCAGCUAUGGCAGGACAUCGUUCAUCAGAUCGAGGCACAGGUCAAAACUCUCAUCCUUCUCGGGACACCCUUCAACCUCAAGCAGCGCCAUGGUUAUCUUCCCUCGAAGUCCCAUCUAGACCUGUAUCUCCAGGAAUGGAGACUGGUAGCAUCAGAUCCUUCAUUCCUCAAAACCCAGUACCUUUUCAAGGACAAGGAGUGGGACAAAGUCAACAAGGGUUUUUCUCACCAAUGUCAAAGGUUUAUAUCGGGGAUGUGUUGGAUCAUUUGGAACUUAUAGUUGGAUCGAUGGAUCAGUUUGUGGCGACUUGUGAUCAUUUGACAGAUUAUGUUUUUAACGCAUUAAGUUUUGAAACUAAUGCUUCGAUGGAAAGACUGAGUAUCGUCACAGUGGUUUUCCUUCCGCUCACCUUCAUCGCCAGUUAUUUUGGGAUGAACUUUGACGGCUUCUCCGAACUACACGGCUCCGUGAGCUACUUCUGGAAGGUCGCUAUACCGUGCACUCUCGGAUUUUUCAUCACAUUUUCAUUCUCUUACCUCCGAACUGGUGCCGAAACAUUAGGUAGGAAAUUGUUCAGAUGGCAGAGGAUGCGGAUGGUAGAAUAUCGACUUCGUGGUCGACGUGGGAGCGCGCAGAGUAAGACGGAUAUUCGACGGUGA